UUUGGACUCCAAUAUUUAUUCAAAUAAAAUGAACCUUGCAGGUAGUGAUGAGAAGCAGAGAAAGGUAUCAACUAUUGCUAAUACACAAGUUGACUACUGAAUCAACACUCGUGAUUCUUGCAGAAAAGUUCCUCAAACUGGUUUCCCCCCUCUUAGGCCGCCCAGUAUAGCAACUAGAGAACUGCAGGGUGAUCCGUAAGGUCUAAAAGAGAAUGGCGUUUGUCAGAAUAAUGGUUCUGAUCUGGGCUGAUAUGUUGGCAACAUAUGUAACGUGGAUUAUGCAGAAGUACUUGACAGAUGUUUGGGAUGUUGGGUUUACUCGUGCUGCUGGAAUAAUGAACGUAUACACUGGCCUCAGUAAAACUGUCCCUCUAUUUCUUUUCUUAUUCGUGGACUGUGGGAUGGAUAAUUUCUGGAUUCUGCUGGUCUCAAGUAUAGCCUUUUCCACUGGCUUGGGGUUUCUGUCAAUGUCUACACCUCCAGUACUGCAUAAGUUAACGCAUACCUGUAGUGAUUAUCAGCCUAAUUGCAUUGGUCACACACAGAAGGCCCUUCUUUACACAGGUCUGGUGCUGACAGCUGUUGGAGUAAGUGGGCACAUCGUCUCAUUGGUAGCAUUUGCCUUGGAUCAGCUCCAAAGGAAGCCAGUUGAUGAUAAUGCUAAUUAUGAUAGGCCUCAAAAUCUUAUAGGGCAUCCAGUUAGGCUCGCUCAGAUGAUACUGAAUCAGGGAAAAACUGACGCUGAUUCUAGCACAGCAUUAGUCCCACCCGCAUCAGUUACUGAAUACAGAAGGCAGCAGCCAACUAACACUCUUGAAGAGAAUUUAUCAAAACUUCAAUUUCAACCACUAGAAGCAAUGUUAAAACUUGUUAACAGUCAGAAAGAAAGAAACGGAGGCACCAUUAAAGACUGGAGAGUGUGGGGCAUUAUGUUCGUACUCAUUGUUGCUGCUGGAGUACUUAUUGGUCUUCCAUAUAUAAAGCCAUGGAAACUCCGGUUUGGAAUUCCAGCUAUCUGCACCUUGGUGGCAACACUUGCAUUCUCGCUUUGUGCACAUAAAUACGAGGACAGUAAACUCGGGUUCAAGUACUCCAAAUGUAAAUACACGUCUUUGUUCUGGAUUAACAGAUCAUGGAACAGGGCUGUCAUCAGAUUGAGGACUCAAAGUGAAGAGAGACAAGUCCUAAUUCGCAUGCUUCCAAUUUGGAUCACAUGCAUAAUUUGUGGGGUAGUAACUUCCAUUGGAAACACAUACUUCGUGGAGCAAGCAAACCACAUGAAUUACAAGGUCGGAAUAUUGAAGUUCCCUGAUUCAAUCCUUCUGAUGCUGUAUGCAGCAGCAAAGAAAUUUUUUAAAUGGGUGUACGACUGUGUCUCAAACUGCUUAGAAAGAGCAGGCAGAAAAAAGUAUGCACCCGCAUUUGGUAUCGCAUUAGCCACAAUAUUCUCAGCAUUGAGCUGCGUAAUCGCUGCCAUAGUCGAAACUCAAAGGAUACAUGUGAUAAGAAAUCAUGGUUUAUCCGACAAGCCUGACGAGGAAAUCCCCAUGACUGUCUUCAUUCUUGUUCCUCAAUUUCUUCUUCUGGGCGGGAUGGACUCAUUUUAUGAGAAUAGUGUUACCCCAUUCUUGAAUGAUCAAAGUCCUCCAUCGAUGAAAAGGUACCUCAUCUAUCUCAGUCCUGGAUUAUCUGGUCUGGGAAUCAUUGGAAGUGUUUUAUCAGUGUAUGUCGUGGGUGAGAUCAGCAAGAAAGGGGGUAAAACGAGCUGGUUUCAGCAUGACUUGAAUAACAGUCGGUUGGAUUACUAUUAUUGGGUGCUUGCAGGCCUGAGUACUGCAAAUCUGAUUUGGUAUGUGGUGAUGGCCAUACUUUUUCCCUUUCCAUAUAGACAACCAGUUUCAAGGGAUACACAAGCUGAUGGAACCGGGAAAUCAGGACCAAAUGAGGGACAGAAUAUAAAUGGAACUGUUAUUUCGUUUUUCAAGGCAAAUGAAGGCAUUCUAUGAGAAAUGAGCAUCAAGGAAUCAAUCAGGGUCAGGCGUUUUAGUUUCUCAAACUGGGGAAAUAGAAUAUUUUGUAGUAUUAAAGUUUCAGAAUUCUUGUAUGGGUAGUCUCGUGCUUGUGGAAAACUUUUUCUUUCCCAAAUUUUUAGUUCUAACUUUCAUUUGAACAAACAAUCUCUCAUGAAUGAUGCGCGAGUGCUAACUAUAUUGCGGAAUUUUACAAUGCCAAAAGCCAAUCAACACUCAGCA